CCUUUCCUAAUUAAGAUUUCGAAAAUUAUCAUCAUCAUCAUCAUCAUGAUCUCUCUGCUUUGAUCAGAUCUUUAAACUAUAUAUAUAAUAAUCAUCUUCGUAGAUAGAUAGCUAUAUAUAUAUUAUUUGUGGUUAGAUCGGCUAGGGUUUUACACCAUGGUGGGUACUCAAGCUAUGAAAAGCUAUGGAAUCACGAAGCCGCUCUCUGUUUCCGGUCCUUCCUCGGCUGAUUUGAAGCGUAAUUUGGAGCUGGAGAAGUUUCUGGUUGAUGAGGGACUCUACGAGAGCAAAGAGGAAACGAUGCGGAGAGAGCAAGUUCUUGGACGCAUUGAUCAGAUUGUAAAAGAGUGGGUGAAAGAGUUAACUCACCAGAGGGGAUAUUCAGAUCAGAUGAUGGAGGACGCUAACGCUCUCAUUUUCACUUUUGGAUCUUACCGCCUUGGAGUACAUGGACCUGGGGCUGAUAUUGAUACUCUAUGUGUUGGCCCAUCUUAUGUCAACCGAGAGGAGGAUUUCUUCAUCAUAUUGCGUGAUAUAUUGGCUGAGAUGGAAGAAGUGACUGACCUUCAACCUGUUGCCGAUGCACAUGUCCCUGUCAUGAAAUUUAAGUUCCAAGGAAUAUCUAUUGAUCUUCUCUAUGCCAGCGUUUCACUUCUUGUUGUGCCACAGGAUCUGGAUAUCUCCGACUCUUCUGUGCUGGCUGAUGUUGAUGAGCAAACUGUCCGCAGUCUCAAUGGUUGUAGGGUUGCUGAUCAGAUUCUUAAACUCGUUCCAAAUUUCGAGCACUUCCGGACAACAUUAAGAUGCAUGAAGUACUGGGCCAAGAGGCGUGGGGUCUAUUCAAAUGUUACUGGGUUUCUUGGUGGUGUAAACUGGGCACUUCUGGUUGCACGCCUGUGUCAGCUUUAUCCAAAUGCUAUUCCUAGUAUGUUGGUUUCUCGAUUCUUUAGAGUAUAUACACAGUGGCGUUGGCCGAAUCCAGUCAUGCUUUGUGCAAUAGAAGAGGAUGAGCUUGGGAUUCCUGUCUGGGAUCCACGAAAAUAUCACCGUGACCGUUAUCAUCUUAUGCCAAUAAUAACUCCUGCUUACCCAUGCAUGAAUUCUAGUUACAAUGUCUCUCAAAGCACUCUUCGUGUUAUGAUGGAGCAAUUCCAGUAUGGUAACAAGAUCUGUCAGGAGAUUGAGUUAAAUAAACAACACUGGAGUUCCUUAUUUGAGCAGUAUAUGUUUUUCGAGGCAUAUAAAAACUACCUUCAGGUUGAUGUACAAGCAGCAGAUGCUGAAGAUUUAUUGGCUUGGAAGGGUUGGGUGGAGUCAAGGUUCCGGCAGCUGACCUUGAAGAUAGAACGGGACACAAAUGGGAUGUUAAUGUGCCAUCCUCAACCAAAUGAGUAUGUGGACACUUCCAGGCAGUUUCAGCAUUGUGCUUUUUUCAUGGGCUUGCAAAGGGCAGAAGGAGGUGGUGGCCAAGAGUGUCAACAGUUUGAUAUACGUGGAACCGUGGACGAGUUCAGGCAAGACGUAAACAUGUAUAUGUUUUGGAGACCUGGGAUGGACGUAUUUGUUUCUCAUGUUCGUAGACGGCAGCUUCCACCUUUUGUUUUUCCAAACGGAUGUAAAAGAUUUCGACUACCCAAGCACCAGAAUCAACAAGGUGGAGAACCUGGUGAGACGGUUGAAUCUUUGUCCGCCAAUGUUGAGAGACAUGCAAAGAGAAAAAACGACAAUGAAAUGAUGGAUACAAGGCCAGAGAAACCUGAGAAGCGUGCAUCUGUUAGUCCACCUAGUGUAGAUGUAGUUUCUCCUGAAAGUAGUGCUAUCACAACUGGUGGGACUCCUCCGAUUGGCAUUGUGUCAGGGCCUAAUGUGGAAGUUGAGGCCGAAAAAUUGAUCGGUAACAGCACUGAAAUUAGAAAAGUUUCUCAAAAUGACCAAAACCUGGAAGUGGAUAAUAGGGCUCUUGUUCAAGGCUGUCAUGAUCUGGCUGAGCCUGUAGGAAAGGAUGUGAGACCUGAUCCUAGAGUUGUGAUAACAUGUGAAGGUGGGCAUAAUAAAGAAAAAGGUCGUGUUGUGGGAUCUGAAUCCAUCAAUGACACUGACGCACAACCUCUUCCAAAGAGACUAAAUCUGAAUGAGGAUGUUGAUAAAGAGGAGCGGGAAUCCAUGUUAGGAGAAAUCGCUGAUGGUGUUUUGCAGAAUGAAUUCUUCGGACGGAACCUUGAUCAUGAGGGUUUUUUGGCUGCUGCGAAUUUGGAGUCAUCUGGUGAACAUAGAAACUUGCAUUCAGAUGGAUUGUUCAAAAGUGGUUUGUCAGAAGAACUUCAGUCAAAUAAUUUACUCAUGGGGAGACCUGAAGACGGAGCUAGGUCAGAAUCUUUGCAGAAUUCACUAAUGAGCAGCAACAGAUUGGGCUUGAAGUCGAUAGUGUGAGGGUCUCAGCAAUGGUGAUGAGACCUGCAAAUAAAGAAAAGGAUAUAAAGACCAAAAAAAAAAAACAAAAACAAAUAAGAAGAAUCAGAGCAACUCACUGUUGCUUUGGACUACUUCCAGAAUUCGACACUCAUUGGUAAGGACACCUAAAUUUGAAAGGAAAAAAAAAAUAGAAAAGCUUAAAAGAGGAGAAAAGAUUAAAAAAAAAUCCAAUAGAUUGAAAAAAGGAGAAAAAAAAGAGAUAAUGAUUUUGUUUGUUUGGUGGGAUAUGGGUGAGUAUCCAAACACUGGGAAGAGCGAAGAGCUUGAAUAACUGUGUUUGGGAGGUAAAGGCCAUGCCUUAUUCAGUGCUUCAGAAGGAAGUUGGGAUAGUGAGGUGUGAAGCUUGUGCUGGUUCAAAUGCCUUUUGUCUGACAAUUGCAAAUUGCAGAAAAGAGAAUCAGUGAGGUGGCCAUGAAAGAAGGCAAGUGAGUUGUUUCUGUUUGCCUUUUUGCAGGGUAUUUCAGACACUUCUUUUAUGUAUUUUGUAUUCUUUCAGAUUGGAAUCUUUCAAUGUUUUAUGAUUUUCUGCAUAAAAACUCUGUUGCUACUAGCUCGUUUCAUGAUAGGAGGUGCAUUCCUAAUCAUCA